AUGAUGCCGACUGCAUUAGAUGUCUUAACAACAAGACACCUCUCAUCUGCAAGACUGACUCCACGUCCACAACUGGCAAGCGAUGUGGCGCUGUUGACCCCCCUUGCCGGCCUUUCUAAGUUCUUGGAGGAAGGACCUAUUUCUUUUGUUAAAUCGGCGUUCGGAGACUAUUGUACUACCCUCACACGCAAAGGCGACGGGUUUGCCAUGCUUGGGAUAAAUUUUUAUGAGCGGCGUUACUGA